UUUUAACGACCCGCUGGAGUAGAUCUGCGCUUUUUGUGAGCUGUGGUGGAGUGAGAAGCAUCGAUUGAGAGUGCUCCGCUCUUGUAAUACUUCCUCCAUCAGCUUGUGGUUGUUUAAAGUCCCGGUCGGUGUUGGCAGCGGACCCCCCCUCCCCACCUCGGCUCGGAUCACCGGGACUCAUAAUACAGCCUCGGUCCCCUCGGUGCCUGUGUUGGCGCGGGCAGCGCCCUGUUGGAAGUCCCGUUUCAGUCCACGCGCAGACAGGACGCGGCGUCCGUGGACAUGGAAAUGAACGGCGAUGCUGGAGAGACGGAGGUCCCGCUGCGGGAGAACCAGAGGGGCCGGUCCCGGCCCCUGAACAUGAACCAUUACGCCAAUAAGAAGAGCGCGGCGGAGAGCAUGCUGGACGUGGCUCUGCUCAUGGCGAACGCCUCACAGCUGAAGGCGGUGAUGGAACAAGGACCCGGCUUCACCUUCUACGUGCCGCUCAUCACGCUCAUCAGCAUCUCCCUCAUCCUGCAGAUCCUGGUGGGAGUUAUGCUCAUUUUCAUAGUGAAAUGGAACCUGAACGACCAAAGUACACACUACAAGCUGAACGUCAUGGAGAACGCCGCCACUGCCUUCGUCUUCAUCAUAGUGGUAGUCAACGUCUUCAUCACGGCCUUCGGGGUGCAGCGGCCCAGCACUAGUUCUUGAUUAUGCCUUUUUCACCAAGAGCCCCUGCUCGCCAGUUUGACACCUGUCACGUAGCAUGGAUUAUUCAUGCAAAUAAUAAAGAAUUUUUAUUUAUUAAAAGUAAUAAACUUUGUGUAAGUCAUAUGCAUUUAUAACUGUCUGCUGUUACAUGUUUAAUUUCUAUUUUUUUAUAUGGAGACAACCAAAGGAAACUUUCAGAAGACAUUCAGAUUUGUGUUUCUCUGAACAAAGUAUGGUGACGAACCACAGCGUUACCAUGGACACAAACGUUUACAGUGCCUUAGAUGUCCUUUUAUGCCAUCAGCUGUCUUCCUUCCUUUAAACAGUGAUUUAUAGCAUGGUUUUUGUUUGUGUGUGUUUAUCAUGAAAAAUAUUAAAGGAAUCAUUUAAUCUUUUUUGUAGAACUUUAUGAAGCAUUGUUGCUGCUGUUUAUAAAUAAAUCCAGACAAACUCCA